AACACCUUUGUGGAUAUGUUUUCUGAAUCGAAAAAACUCCCUAAAAAGACAGGUGGGCAUUCUAAGAAGUACAUGGGUUUAUUCUUUUUGAUGGUGGGAUGUGUCAUUAUAUCAGUAUGCAUAGCUAGUGUUCUCAGCACGAAGUAUUUACUACAGAAUCUACCCUCUGCAGUUGAGGAAAAAUUAAGAAACGGAGCGUUCCUCAAGCUAAAAUUCGUAAACGUUUCCAGUGGGGAACUGAAGAACCAUAUAGAAAGUUUAAGAAGUGACUUCAAUGUGUGGAAAGAAGACAACAAGGAAAAUUUUUAUAGAUUAAUUCAAGCAAGGAGAUGUUUGACCAACUGUUCUGACCACACGGAUGGGGACUAUCAAUCAUGUUUUACCUGUGAGGGAUAUAUUUCAUGUGUAAAUGGUGUUUUGUUAAUAAGAAAGUGCGUUCCAUCUUAUGCGAACCAUAGUCUUUACUGGGAUGAUUUUAAAAAACUGUGCCGUUUUACCUCAAGGACCUGUAAUCCAUCGUAUACUCUUUCUGCGGAAGAAAAUAAUUAGAUGCCCACUUGAUUAAAAAAGUCAAUGCAAAUUUAUUUCAGAACACACAAUGAUUAGAGAAAUAAAAAUCUACUUAAAUUCUGAGAAUAUACAAUUAUAUAAAUAGUGCAUUCUCUCAGUGAUCUAAGGGCAGUUAAACAAUGAUAAAAAUGGUACUCCAGCAAAA